CCGGGAGCGCAGCCAAUGGCGCGCGCGGGCCUCGCCGGGCGGCUCCGCCUCAGCGCGGCGGCCGCGGGGGGACUUUGAAAAGUUGCGAGCCGGGGCCCGGCGCUGUCGGACGCCCCGGGGUUGUGGUGUGGUUGCGUGCCGGUGCAGUUCGCUCCCGGCAGGGCCGAGCCUCCGGUUGCCGCUGGAGCUCGGGUGUCGGAGGGCGUAAAGCCGCGUUCGGGCUCCAGAUGAGGCGGUAGUUUCAGGCUCUCCUGCGGCACCCGUGUCGUUCGGUGUAAACCAAGUGAGUAUGGCUGCUAAGAAGCUGAGAAGAGCAAAGUUGUCUCAGGAACUGUGUGAAAGACUAAGCCGCUAUCAGAUCACUACCUGCCAGGACUUCUUAUGUCUUUCACUCUUGGAGCUAAUGAAAGUGACAGGACAGAGCUACAGAAAUGUGCAGAAGCUUCUUCGGAAGGUCAGCCUUGCUUGUGCUCCCAAAAUGCAGACAGCUUAUGAAAUGAAAAUGAGGAGGUCUGUCAAUCCCUCUGUAGCCUUUUUACCCACCUCGCUGCAUAGUCUGGAUAAAGUCUUGCAUGGUGGAAUACCUUGUGGAUCCCUCACAGAGUUAACAGGCCCACCGGGUUGUGGCAAAACUCAGUUUUGUAUUACAAUGAGUGUUCUGGCUACGCUGCCUGUAAGCAUGGGAGGACUAGAUGGGGCUGUUAUAUACAUUGACACAGAGUCUGCAUUCAGUGCUGAAAGGUUGAUAGAGAUAGCAGGAAACAGAUUCCCUACUUAUUUUGACUCCGAUGAAAAGCUAUUUUGCAUGACGCGUAGCAUUCAUCUGUAUCGAGAGCUGACCUGUGACAGUGUACUGAAGAGAAUUAAGUCUUUAGAAGAAGAAAUUAUUUCAAAGAAGAUUAAACUCAUAAUAAUUGAUUCUGUAGCUUCAGUUGUCAGAAAGGAAUUUGACACAAAACUCCAAGGCAAUCUGGCAGAGAGAAGUAACUUUUUGGCUAGAGGAGCAUCACUGUUGAAGUAUUUGGCAGAGGAGUUCUCAAUACCAGUUAUCUUGACGAAUCAGAUUACCACAUCGUUGAGCAAUGGCCUUGCAAUCCCAGCAGACCUAGUGUCUCCAGCUCAUGAUUUGUCCCUGUCUGAAGUUUCAGGAACUUCUGGAAGUGGGACGAGGGAAUCUGCCUGUGUGACAGCAGCCCUUGGUAACACGUGGAGUCACAGUGUCAACACCAGGCUCAUCCUGCAGUAUCACGACUUGCUGACAAGGCAGAUCCUGGUUGCAAAAUCCCCUGUUGCUCCAUUUUCCACAUUUUUCUACACCAUUGAGAAAUCAGGCUUGGUUCUUCAAGAUGGAAAGAAUCUUUCAAAUUUACCCUGGGAUGGAAUCAAUCCUGCCAUGCAAACCAUACAAGUGAGAAACACUGCCUUGAGAAAAGCUUUACUCAACAUCACUGAUGAGACUCCUGGAGAUACACCCAGUCUAUAGAAAGGUCAAAUGUAAUCUUUGCUGAGAAAUGAACAAACAGCCCUGGUUUUUAAAAAUCCAGUGAAGCAGAUAUUAGACAUUCUUCUUUUGCCUCUUUGGAGACUAAAAUAAAAAACAAGUGCUGUUCUCUCUACAUGUGGGCCACAUUAAACCUUGGAAUUAUGAAAUUUUUGAAUAUUGCUCAGGUUUAAUUAAAUUACAUAGUAAUAAAACUCUAUGAACAACACACAUGUCAGUGAAGAAGCACAGGCCUCACAAGCUUUCCUAAUUCACCCUGACACCUCAGCAGUUGGGAGGAGGAGGCAGUCAAAAACAUAUAGCACUGGGUUUCAGCUGCAUUAUUUACUCACACCAUACUGAGACUGAGAGAAUGUAUGACUCGCUAAGGGCUGCUGAAGGCAGUAGCUCAGCUGUGACUUACAUCAAGUUGUUCCUGAUAUGCAAUCCUCAGAUCCCUAAGGGAAAGCUGUGUAUGUGCUGAGUUAGUGCUGAUGGCUGAUGCACAGUCACCAUCAGCCCAAGACAAGGCUCAGUGCCCUGCAGUCAUGGGGAAGGCCUCACUGAGCAUCCUCAUGGAAAGCAGAGCACCCUGCACAGAAGAGUGGGAGGUUCAGGUAACCCAGCAAGGGGAUCAGCGCUGGGGUGAACAGGUUGCCAUCUGCUGUUUGCUGGGCAGGUUUGGAGUGACCAAGGGUGUUCCCAGCAAACACAAGGCCCCUGUUAAAUACCACUGUGUACCCUUACGGCUGCACUGUGGGAGGCUGAAGAGUUGUCGGGGUGAGGAAGCCAAUGUCCCUUUGCUUGCAGGCACCAAGCAGGCUGGUGGGGAGAGGGCUGCUCUGUAACUCUGCUCACAUGCCUGCUUGGGCAGCUUUGUGCUCUCCUUGAACGAGAAAGUUUCCAGGUUUUCAUCAUAAGCAAGCUACUCCAUUUCAACGUUACUUUUAAAAGCUAAUAGGUUUCACUCUGGAGAGGAGCAGUUCUCCAGCUUUACCAAUUUUAUGCUUUAAAGAAUUUUCUUUUAAUUUCAUUUUAAUUUUGUUUUAAUCAAAGUUUAGAUUUCCUUCUUGCCAGUGUUGCACUGCUGUCCAGUCAGUCAAACACUGCUGAACUUGCUUGUCGCCAUUUUAUCUGGAUAUCUUGUAAAUAUUUGGUAGAGCACUCAGACACAGAAGUGGUUUUUGCUCUUACAGUCACAUGCCUGGUUCCAGGACCUUUCAGAAGUACAAAAGACCGAAGGCAGGGAAAAUUCCACUGAGAUGCAUUCAAGUCUCCAAGGAGCAACUGGACUCUGUUUAGACUAAAAUUUCUUGCUGCUGAUUCUCUCCUUUUUUCUUUAUUUAAACAUGGAAGGAUAGAGGGGGGAAGUUGCAGGGUAAGGGUGUUUUUUUUUGUUAUUAUUAUAAACACUGAAAUACAAGUGCUGUAUCACUUGUUUCUCUCAUAUUACAGGAACAUUUGCAGUUAGAGAGGGAGAUAAGCUUUUUAAUGCUCUCUGCAAAACCUGGGAAAUUUCCACCCGAGUUCUAAAAAGUGUUACAGAUAUUAAUGAAUUAAAGCUUAAUCCCCUUCUUCUCAGUCCUGUGAAGUAAGGACUAAAUACAAUUUAAAGACACGGAUAAUGAAUCUAAAAAAGUUGUAAGUGCCUUGCCUGAAAUCACUCAGACAGGGUGGCAGGAGGACUCAGGUCUUUGGGUCCCAGCCUUCUAUCUUACACCACAGCCAGCAUAGUUCCCUGCCUUUUCAAGGCUUGCUGUACUUGCCCUUCUGGGAUAUAGCGAGUACAUGCUGGCAUCGUACCUGGACAUAUCCUUGCUUUUUUCCCCCUGGGACACAGAGACCUCCCACAGAGUCACUCCUGUGAGAUUAAGAUGUUGAAAAGAUCAGAGUGGGAUGUAAGCAGGGAAAAGGGAAAACAAGGCGCUGCUCUGCUCUGAGCUCAUCCCGCCUCUGCUGUGGCAGAGGAGUUAGUGAGCAGCCUCCAGCUUGUGCUCCCAUAAUGGGUUUAGGCAGGGCUGUGGUAAAAUUUUUACAGUUUACAGUCAGAGGGAGAUCUUGACUGACAAGAACAUUGGACAGAUGAGCCAGUGAGCCACUCUCCUGUAUAAAUACCUAUGAGUUCAUUAUUCUCCUCAUUGUGAGUCACAGUUCUUAUGAUCAGAAUUCCACAGCUAUUGCUGCAGCCAUUCUCCAGCCCCUCUUCUGAAGAGAGGGAUAAUCCCAGCCAGUUCCUCUCCGGUGGCAUGAGUCAGGUUUUUACCAGGGCGAUUAAUGGACAGCUGAGAAGAGCAAUUCCAACACGGAUGAGCCAAAAGCAACGUCCACAUGACUCAUCAAGUGAAAGAGAAGGAAAAAGGGAGCAAAACCAGUUGAGAGCUGGGCGGUCCCUGCUGCCUUCCCCAUGGCCCAACCCUGCAGCCCCUCACAGUGCCUUUGCCCUGUUCGUGCCCUGGCCAGCCCAGCACUGCAGCAGCUCUCCUGCCAAGGACCCAGAGUACUCACAGAUGCCUUGCACAACACUCACUUCAUUCCUGCUGAAAGGCAGCCAGGCCCAGACUGAGACAUGGCAAGCGCUUUACUGUGCCUGGCAACACUGCCCAGAUGCCGAGAACAAAUGGGGAAGAAGGGCUGUGUAAAAAUGCAGGGGAAUUUUCACAUAGGCAGGAUGUAAUUAGCAGAGCUGGAAUUUGGCCAGGAUGCUGGGGUUAAAGCACUGGCUUGCAGGUAGCACAGUGGGAGCUUUCAUAACUCUCACACUCAGGAUCUCCCAUUUCCAUCUUACCUAGAGGAUGUCAGAGGACUGCUCCCCAUUUAAUGUUCCAGACAGCUUUCUGAGCUCUGACACAAAGGGAAAAGUAUCAGAGAGUGCUGCAGCUGCUGCAGUGUGCCAUGGUGACAGCUGGCAGGACCGCACCCUGAUGGGCUGCAGCACCAUCUCAGCAAAGCCUGGCACUCUGCAUCCUGCCUGUGGGCUCUUGUGAGCAUGCACCUGCCUUGCUCAGCUUUAGGCCCCGAGCUCCCAGCCAAUAGAUAGAAAAAGGGAUGAAAAUAGGGCAGCCCCUCAUAUAUUAAUUGUGAGAGAGGGAAUACUGCUUCAACCCUAUUCCCUGCCACAGAUCAGAAUUGACAUGCAGCACUCCUCCCCAGUGAGUACCACUGAGCUUUCUGAAUGUGCC